AUGGCUGCCAACAAGCAGGGCAAGAUGUGGCAAUGCGCUUGUUUAACCACCCGCCCGCGGAAUUCUAAUGUGCUGCAGAUCAACUAUCGGAUGAGAGUUACCCUUAACGAUGGCCGACAGAUGACCGGACAAAUGCUCGCAUUUGAUAAGCACAUGAACCUCGUCCUCGCCGAUACAGAAGAAUUCCGCCGCGUCAAGCGGAAGUCCAAGCCAGCUGCUGGACCGGCUAAUGCUCCCCUCGUGGAAUCGGAAGAGAAGCGAACCCUCGGUCUUACGAUUGUGCGCGGUACCCACGUCGUCUCUUGCUCUGUUGAUGGACCUCCCCCUGCAGACCCCUCUGCACGACUUGGAACAAGCGUCCCAGGCGCAGCUGCUACCGCUGCAACUCUCGCCGCCGGUCCUGGAAUCAGCAAACCCGCUGGACGUGGUCUACCUGUCGGACUUGGAGGCCCUGCUGCCGGUGUUGGAGGACCCCCACCUCCUCCUGGCGGCUUCCCCGGUUUCCCCCCGGGCGGCUUCCCAGGAGCGCCGCCACCGGGAUUCGCUGGCCGUGGAGCGCCUCCGGGAGGACCUCCUGGUUUCGCUCCUCCCCCAGGAUUUGCUCCCCAGGGUGGACCUCCGGCCGGUUUCCAACCUCCUCCAGGGUUCCAGCCUCCGGGCCAGGGACGUGGAUUCCCUCCGCCAGGAUUUGGGGGACGCAACUGUCUUCCUGUUCCUGAUCACUCUCCGCUCCCUUCCCUACCCCAAUCGCCUGUCAAGAUGGCCGCUGCAAUCAAGGCGAUCAACGCAAAGAUCCGUUCCAACAAGGUUCUGGACUAUGUCUGCUCUACACAUUUCUGGGGCCCCGUCUCCAACUUCGGUAUCCCCAUUGCUGCCGUGAUGGAUACCCAGAAGGACCCUGAAAUUAUCUCCGGCCAGAUGACCGGCGCCCUUGUCGUCUACUCGGGAACCUUCAUGCGCUACGCCCUCGCCGUCUCCCCUAAGAACUACCUCCUCUUCGCCUGUCACGCCAUUAACUUCUCCGCCCAAUGUACUCAAGGAUACCGCUACCUCAACUACUGGAACUGGGGUGGCCGUGAAGCUAAGCUCGCUGCUGAAGCCGCUGAGAAGGGCUCGCAGGCCCCCGAGGCCGGCGCAUAA